AUGCGCGAGGUCUACGAUCUGAUGCGACAAAGCGGUGCCAACACGAUGUACGUGGCCUCCGAUGAUCCAGGCGUGUUUAAGCGACCGCACCCGAAUGUGACGAUGCUCUACUCGACGAAGGCGCAGCCGUCGAUGGAACAUCUCAAAGCGCACACCGGCGCUGAUAACUGGGACGUCCUCGUGCGCAACUGGGGAGGGACGCCCAUCUUUGUCGAGGCGGUGAUCGCGUCCUUCGUCGACGUCUAUCUCCUCUCCAUGUGCGACCUCUUCGUUGGGAAGUUCACCAGCAAUGCCUUCCGCACCGCGUUCGAGCUGCGCUCGGCUCGCUCCUCGGGCGUCCAUCCGUUCGUGUCGCUCGACAGCGCCUGGUGCUUCGAUUAUUUCACCAAGGCCGGGCGCAGCGACUUUGGCCACUUCAUAGAGCCGCUCGCACAGGCGACCUCCGCGCUCAGCAACAACGCUCAUCGAGAGAUCGAGGAUCCGCAGCUUCUGCGUCGCCUGUCCCAGCAAGCCGAGAAGGCCGAGUCCGGAACGGUGCUGGUCUCGCCGGGGCAGGAACGAGCGUCGACGUCGGAUGCCGUGGCGCGCACCACGGAGCCGAGUGCAGCUGCGAAGGCCGCGCUGUCGCGCAUGGAGGUGGCAAUCGCAAAGGUAACUGCGGCCACUGGUGCCGGCGCGAGAAUCGACGAUGGCGCGAGGUCCCAAGCGAUGAGCGAGCUCGAGGGUGCGAUGAGCGAGGCGGGCGAGGCGAGCGUCCCCGGCCUGAGCCGGGCGUGGCGCAGCUGGCACGCUCUCAAGCAAGCGGACAGCCAGCAGGCUUGGGAGGUGGCCAUGCAGAAGCUUUCAGAGGCCGUGCGUGACGCGCACAUCGACGACGCUGCGCCACCGGCUUCCGCCGCGAGCAGCGCCGAGGCGACGGCAAAGGCAGCGGAGCGGCGUGGCGCAUGCGAGGCGGCCGGCGACGCCGACCUGGAGCGCGUUCGUGUGUGUGCGUAUGCAGAGCGGCGUAGCCCGGAGGAGGACGACGGCGAGUGGCUUUGCGUGGGCACUGCACUGAGUAGCUGCAGCCGCUUCUACUGGGUGGUGCUCAGCCGUGGCGUGGAGGGCACGGCUCCAUUUGACGACGAGUCGGUCACGCUGGCGGUGGGUGAGCCGCUCGAGGAGCAGGCGGAGGCCGUGAAUGCAGCCGCGCGCUGCUUUCACGAGAGCACUGGACUUACGGCGCGAGAUGGAGGGUAUGUAGCUCUACUCUCAACAGACGAGUACACGACAAUCGGUGCCGUGCGCGCACCGGCCUCGCUGCCGCCGACAGCAGUCGAGGUUCCGGCUCAGAUGACUAAGCCUCGCGUGCUGCUUGCCGUCACCUCUGCCUGCACCAAGGGCUCAGCCAUGAUUGUCACUAAGCUCCGGCACUUGUGCCAGGAGCACGCGGAGCACAUAGAGUUGCACAUGCAGCUGAAUUGCUUCACCGGCGAACUCGCACAGCUUUGGGAUCCUUUGGAAGAUUGGAACCAGCACCUCCCUGCGUCCUUGUCACCGCUUCUCCCCGCCAAGGUGGACUUUAUCUGGCUGUCAGACGGCGACAUGGACCUCGCUCGCUUCAACCUCUCGGCGGCGUUGCGACAGAUGGCUGCCACAAACGUGACGCUCGCGCAGCCGCGCGUGGACUCCGCCUUCCCGGGCGGCCGCUCCACCGACUACAUCGCUCUGCGGGCAAAGAGACACGGCGAGGCUGUAGAUUGGCCGCCCAACUGCCUCAUGGUGCAAGUGGACCACAUGGAGACAGUUGUCGGCAUGCCUCGCAUCUGGUGCAAGAUGCUGGAGGUGCGCUUCGGCACGCCGCCGUGCGGCCUGCUCAAGGAGAGCAUCCGGCACCUGAACACGCACACGAUCGAGCGUUACCUCAUCCCUCGGGAGGCGCGCAACGCGUCUUUGCUCUUGCCCCUCAUGCUCGAGCUGCUCGCACCUGACUGGGGGGGCAACUGGAGCGAGGUGGUCACAGAUGCGUACAAGAAGCCACGCGGCCCAUGCCUGACGACACGACAGGAGACGGACGCGUGGGCCGACUCGCUCGCGCGGGAUCCGUCGAGGUGGAGCGAGGAGGACCGCCGUCAGCUGCACCAGUGGCAGCUCUGGCUCUCUCUGGAACGCGGGGUAGACGGGCAGCAGCAUCUCCUCUCCGAGUCUCAACGUAAGCUCUGCUGCGACGCUAUGCAAGACACGCUAGUGACGAUAUCGCGCUUGCAGCGCUCGGUGGAUGGCCCCUCUCACUUCCUGCUUACCGACGGCCGGGGCGUGCGCAAGCCCAACGGGCCAACGCUGCUCAAGCGGCGCCUCCUCGCGGCGGCUGGCUGGAGGGUGAUCAGCGUUCCAUUCUACGGGUGGGACGGCUUCGCGAGGGCCAGUGAGCGGCAAACCUACCUGGAGAGGGCGGUUGCCCCGCUGUUGCUGACAUAA